GGGGGCGCCCCGGGGGGGUGACGUUGCCGGGGGGGCCCCGCCCCGCCCCGCGGCCAGAUCCGGAGCCCGGCGGGGCGGGAGCGUCAGAGGGUCGCGCGCCCCCGGCAGGUGGGGGCGGGGCGGCCGGUCCCUGAGUGUCACGUGACGUAUGAGGCCCGCCCACUUGUGCAUGUGACCGGAAGUCAUCGGGCUCGUGGGCCCGAGUAACCGGAAGUGUGCGUGGAUGUCGCUUCCCGCUGCGCCAAUAGGCUGCGGAGGGGCGGGCUGGAGGCGGUGGCACAGCUGGCUGCAGGCAGGAUGGCAGCGCUGUGGAGGUCGUACCAGCGGCUCAUGGCCCAGCACCCCUGGAAGGUGCAGAUCCUCACAGCUGGCUGCAUCUGCACUUCCCGCUCUGCUGACACCCUGCAGAGUCAUGGCCCCAGGCAGGUGUCCUGCAGGGCGAGGGGGCUGGGCACAGAGCACCGACUUGUCUGGGACCCAGAAGAAACGGGUUCAGUUUCCAGCUCUGCUACAAAGUCCCCAUGUGGCCUUGGACAAGGGACGUCAGCUCACUGCGUCUUACUCGGCCCUGUGGUGGGAGGCUGGUACCAGCUCCUGGACCGACUUAUCCCGGGAAACACCAGGAUGGUGGCGUUGAAGAAGAUGGUGCUGGAUCAGGCGGGGUUUGCACCUUGCUUCCUGGGCUGUUUCUUGGCCAUUGCCGGGGCACUCAACGGCCUGUCCACCGAGGAGAGCUGGGCCAAGGUCCGACGGGAUUACCCGGAUGCCCUGCUCACCAACUAUUACCUCUGGCCAGCAGUGCAGAUUGCCAACUUCUACUUCAUCCCCCUGAACCACAGGCUGGCUGUCGUGCAGGUGGUGGCUGUCAUCUGGAAUUCCUACCUGUCCUGGAAGGCGAACCAGCUGUGAGGCCAUGGGGCUGGCACCCCUCCCAACCCCCCACCCAGCCCGGUCUCCCCGAGCCCUCCACCCAGCCUGCCCCCCCCCCGCGCCACACCCUCCACUGCGACUGCCAUAGCGAAUGGCCGUGGGGCCGGCCCCCCUCCCCGUUCCCCCCACCCAGCUGCAGGGCCCCCUCACCAUGUCGCACCCUCCUCUGCGACUGCCAUAGGGAAUGGCCGUGGGGCCAGACCCCUUCCCAUGCCCCUGACUCAGCUGCAGCCCCCCCCGCCACACCCUCCACUGCGACUGCCAUAGCAAAUGGCCAUGGGGCCGGCCCCGUUCCCCCUACCCAGCCUCAGGGCCCUCCCCAUGUCGCACCCUCCUCUGUGACUGCCAUAGGGAAUGGCCGUGGAGCCGGACCCCCUUCCCAUUCCCCCUACCCAGCCGCAGGGCCCCCCCGCGCCACACCUCCACUGCGGAAAUGGCCAUGGGGCUGGCCCCGUUCCCCCUACCCAGCUGCAGGGCCCCCCCCAUGUCGCACCCUCCUCUGUGACUGCCAUAGCGAAUGGCUGUGGGGCCGGCUCAGCAGUGGCUUUUGGGGGAGCUCCAGGGGGCCACAUCACACAGCAACCAUCAAACUGGCCCCCCUGGGCAGCCUCAGCAAGGGAACCACUGAUACAUGGUGCUGGGGGGUCUGAGCCAUGCCCCAUGGUUGUCCCCAGCAAAGGGGGAGAUUGAUUCCUGCCCCAUGGCUAUCCACAGGGUGACUGAGCCAUGCCCCAUGGUGGUCCCUGGCCCUGGGAUAGACCAAGCCGUGCCCAUGGAUGCCUGCGGUGCUGGGGGGUGAUUGAGCCAUGCCCCAUGGCUACUCCUGGCACUGGGGGGAGACUGAGCCACACCCCUGGUUGGAAAGCCCCUGCCCGCACGGGCCCCUCUGAGCCACCGCCUAUGGAGCCCAGACACGCUGGGAAGGAACCGGAGAAAUAAACUCAGUGACUGGCCUUGCCGUGGCCCUGCUGUUGGGG